AGAAAUUAAAAGUUGACCGUUGAAGAUUGACCACACCGCCACGCGGGAUGCUGGUGGUCUAGACAAGCGACGACCUACUGACAUGCCUCGCGGACAGCCUGCCCACGCGAAGGGCGGAUGUUGUGCCUUUCUCGUUCCCAGCUGCCCGGCACUCUUCCUCGUGUCUCUACUCUACAUGUCUUCCAUCAUUCCAACUGCAGUCAUUCUUUCUGCCUUUUACUGAACCGUCCUUUCCGCGAUGAAGCACGACUUUCUUCUCCUCGCCGUCUGUUCUUUCCUCUCUGCAGCGUCCUCACAUAUUCUUCCUUCGGAGCUACGGCAUGCCUCAUCAUCAUGCCACACGGCGUAUGGGUUUGGGCCCGAGGUGGCUCCUUUGCCAACGAUUCACCAUUCUCCCACGAUCUCGAGAGUCACAGUGACAGAGAGAGAGGUGGCGAGAAGCACAAAAUCGCUCGACACGCCGACGCGCGCGACAUCUACAGUGGUGCAAAAAGCUGCGACGACUAUACAUCAUAGAACCCGCGCCAGCGUUGUUACCGAGACAAUCACUGUGCCAGUUACAGUCACCCAUAGAAGACACAGCAGAGUCACCGAGACGGCCGAAGCGUCAACAUUUCUCUUCAACACUACAAUUUCACCCGUCACCCUACCGACACCCUCCGGCUUCAUACCUGUCGAGUCUUCGCUUCCCGGUGUAGGUGUACUGCAAAGACGAGAAGGUGGCGGAGCAGAGGAGCGUGCAGCAGACUCGCCAGAUUUCACAGCAAUACCCGCCGGCUUUCGCCCGAAUGGAAGGGCGAGAUCUGUCGUGUGCAAUACUGUCCUUCAUUCGACCAUCACCGAGACAUUGACAGCCACUGCUGUCGUCAAUAAACUCGCACACGGGGAGAGAACCGCGACGUCGACGACGACCCUCACACAUGUAUGCUACUUCACCCGUCUUGCGCGCUUCAUCCAAGAGACUAACAUCCUCUGCCGGUGCACCACCAUUUCCCGAAUCAACCGCGGAGUACGAUAACAGAAACCCACACCGUGACAAUCACUUCAUCCACCACAAGGGUACGAACAGUGACUACGACGCCGACAGUU